AAACCUGUCAGUUUCGUACAGCUGUCAACACAAAAUCAAUAAAUCGUAUUCGAUAAUAAAUUCGCUAUUUAGAAUUAAUUAACGUUUUCUAUCCGCAAUGCCGGUUGAAAAAAUUAUAUGGUGCACACAUUACUGCAUUUAAAAUGUAGUUUUAGUGAGGAAUUUUGUGUGUGUAGCCGUUUUAAUUUACAGUAGUUCUCGCAACGCUUGAGCGGCUGUUUAGGCCGGAAAUGUUGGCUUGAUUCGUGUAUUUCUUUUAAAUAAGAACGCAAUGGACUUGUCUCCGGACGAGGAUAACUUCCAAGGGCGUCUGCUGCAUCAGGCUGCCCUAUGGGACAACUUAGAGCUCCUUCAAGAGCUAAUAGCAAGCGGAGCAGCAGUGGACGCUCGCGACGGCUCCAACCGCAGCGCGCUCCACGCUGCAGCGCUGGCGGAGCGCAGCCGUUGUCUGUCCGCGCUGUGUGCUGCCGGCGCUGAUAUUGAUGCCAAGUCUGAUGAGGCUACUGGGGGCAAGACAGCCCUCCACAUAGCAGCGGAGCGCGGCCACGUGGAGAAUGUGAAGACCCUGCUGUCUUCCGGAGCCAGCCUGGCCACCCUGGACGCCCACGGCAACACGGCGCUCGCCCUGGCCGAGAGGAACAGCUGGAGACAUGCUGCUAACGUGCUCAGGGAAGCUAGAGAUGCGCUAGAAAGAGAGCGUCUGUCCCAGCACGCAGCUCUCCGUGAGCUGGUGUCUCGCGGCGACUGCGUCCAGCUGAAGGCUCGGUUGAGCGCGCUCGGCAGCAGCGCCGGCCUCAUCGCCAACUUGACGCCCGGUGGAGCUAAUACUCUGUUAUAUGUGGCAUCGGAAGCAGGUUUAACAGCAGCGGUCUCCUCACUCCUGGACGCGGGCGCUGAUGGGCGAGCGCACCCAGUCACCAAGUACUGUCCCCUGUACAUCGCCAGCUACCAUGGACACGUGGAGAUUGCUAAGCUACUGUUGGCUUCGUUUCCUGAAGCUGUCCAGCAAGAGACAGUGGAGAAAUGGCUGCCCAUCCACGCGGCGUGUAUCGGCGGUCAUGCUGCGCUGGUGACAUUACUGCUGGAGUAUCCGUACCCUGAGACAGUGCUCACUACUUAUACUGACCCGACAGGGGAGUGGCAAUGGCGCGCGGCGUUCGACGUGAACGCGCGCGACGUGUCGGGGCAGAGCGCGCUGUACGUGGCCUGCACGCUCGGCAACCUGGCCGUCGUGGACGCGCUACUGGCCCACACCGUGUCCGCCAACCCCGCGCACACGGGGGGGACGCACCAGGAACCAGAAGAUGCUCCCACCACCAGCCCAGCCAGUCAGGCGCUCAGUCCACAGCGUGGCGGUAUAUCUCUAGGUAUACAUGCUAUUGUCAGCAAGUUGACUGGGUCUUCGGCGAAUAAUGAGCGCAACCCCUCAGAGCGUCGUAUCCGCCCAGUGAUCGUAGAGGCGGGGCGCGGCCGCGACUCGUGCGUGGCGUGCGCGGCGCGCGGGGGACACCUGCGGCUGCUGCGGCGACUCCUGGCCGCCGGGGCUGAUGCCAACGCAGAGGCACUGCCGCCUAGCGACCUGAUGGGUAGCGGCGACAUGUCCCGCGACCGUCGCCGCUCCCGCUCGGCGUCCGCCGCCAUGACAGGCGCGAGGGGGACCUCCGGACCUUCCCCUGCAAGGGGGGGAUACAAUAAUGAUAGAGACAGCCCCUGGACAGCAUUAGCCAUAGCAGCUCGCGCGAAGAACAUCCAGGUGGUGGAGCUACUCCUGCAGCACGGAGCCACGGACCCUCACUGCCGCGCCAUCAGGGAGUGUGCACGCCAUGGCCUUACUGAGCUACUGGCGAAACUGCUGGCUACCAAGGCGUACCCCGACCCUGACUACAAGUUGAACAAGUCGACGAUAUCGGAGGCGUUGUUCGCGGAGCGCGCCGGGGACUCCGCCCUCACGUACUCGGCGCUCUGCCCCUCCACCGCCGUCAUGCUCAACUGGAGGGAGCUGCGGGCCCAGCUCGCUACUAUACGCAUGUCGUGGGUGCGCGCAGCCUGUCUCCGCGUGAACUCUCGCCUGUCCAGCAGCGAGGCGGCGCUGCACGGCCUGACGCGCCUCGACCUGUCCAGCAACGACCUGCGCCUGCUGCCGCCUGAACUCUUCACCAUGCUGAGUCUCAGGUACUUAAACGCAGCCCAGAACAAGCUAGAACGUCUGCCCACAGCAGAAGAUCCCUUCGAAGAAGAUUUGGACAGCAAGAAGAAGAAAAAGAAACAGAAGAGUAGACCUGAGGUGUACUCCGCACCUGUGUUGCAAGAAGUUUACUUGCAGGACAACCGCCUAGAAGAGCUCCCAGCAUCCCUAUUCCGUCUCCCCUCCUUAUCGACCCUGGACGUGUCGAACAAUAAACUGCGCGCGCUGCCCUCCGCGCUGUGGACCGCGCCGGCACUCCGGGACCUCAACGCCGCACUCAACCACCUCCGGGACCUCCCUACUGGACCCCAGAGUAACUCAGAAUGCAGCAGCCCGCAGCAGCUGGCGUCUCCCUCGGAGACUUCGCCCCAGCUCAGCGCUUCGCCCUCCAUUGGAAGCGCGCAGUUCGCUAUGGCUAUGCAGUCGAAAUCAUCAUCUCGAAGCCCGUCGAUAGAGCGCAGUGAGUCGGAGGCAGCGGACGACGAUGAGAACGAUUCGAUUCCCGUGCUGGCCAACCGCGCUGGGAAUGCUGUUUGGUCGGAAGCGCGUCGUGCUCACACGUGGCGCGGUGUAGUCGAGGGCGCUCCGCCCUCCACGGCCCGCGGGGGCUCCGCCCUCACCGCCCUCAACCUAGCACACAAUCAGUUCACCUGUGUACCCGUCGCCUUGGCCUGUAGGGCUCCCAACUUGACCAGGCUGAAUAUGGCGUAUAAUUCGCUUAGAUCUAUGUCCUAUGUGACGUCAUACCCUACUAGUCUACGGCAAUUGGAUCUUAGUCACAACGAGAUUACAUGCUGGCCCAGUUUGCCGCAAGUGGAAAGUUUCGGUUCGACGGAGGGGGAUCCGUUGGCCUGUUUCUGCCCCAACUCGGGCAACAAUGUGAGGUCCCGACCUCGCUCCGGAGGCUCCGUGAGGUCCCAGCUACUCAGCGCUGCAUGUGUCGCCAGGAGACACCUCAGGCUGGAGGGACUGAGGACGUUAAUCCUAGCCAAUAACCUCCUGACUCGUAUCCAACUGACGACAGACGACGAUGGACUGUCGUCAGCUGCACAGGAGGACUCCACUACUGACGAUGACGAUGAAUGGAACACAGGCUCCCCCCUCAAAGGCCGGCUCCUGUUCCCCCUACUCUCGAUGCUGGACGUCUCGUGCAACCUGCUCCGCGGUAUACCACCAGCUAUACAUGAACUCACCAACUUGUCCGUACUCAACAUCAGCGGGAAUAAAGAUAUAACAGACCUCCCCCCACAAAUGGGCCUCCUAUCCCGCCUGUGGAACCUCAACACGGUGGGGUGUUCCCUCCAAGACCCUCUGCGCUCCAUGUUGCAAUGUGGUCGGUAUAAGAGCAUGGAUAUAGUGGGGUACCUCAAAUCCGUCCUCCAGGAGGCCCGGCCGUACACGAGAAUGAAGCUUAUGUUCGUUGGAUUACAGGGUAUCGGCAAGACGAGCUUACUGGAAUGUCUGAGGCAAGAGUCUUCUAUACAACAUCGAAGGAAACCUACGGAGCACUGGGCAAAGCGUAUGGGCAACAAGUCGUCCCGCCGCGGCAACGUGUCCACUGUGGGGGUGGACAUCGGCACCUGGGUGUAUGAGAAGCAUCGCUCCACGCGGGGACCCAUCACUUUCCGCACCUGGGACUUCGGGGGGCAGCAGGAGUAUUAUGCGACCCACCAGUACUUCCUCUCCCGGAGGUCUUUGUACCUCGUGGUGUGGAGGGUCACGGACGGGAGGAAGGGACUCGCCGGCGCACUCAACUGGCUCAGAUCUAUACAAGCUCGCGCUCCGGGUUCGCCUGUCAUCAUGGUAGCUACACAUUACGAUCAAGUUGCUAACAGCAAUCUCCCAGAGAGUGAGAGUCCGGAGGUCCUCCAACGCCUGAUCAGGUCUUCCAUUAUGGGCGCUCCCGAUGCCGACAAACUUGGACUGCCUCGCGUACUGGAUUCUGUUGAGGUAUCCUGCAGCACUCGACACAACAUCAGACUACUAGCUGACAUCAUCUACUCGGUAGCAUUCAGUGUCAAACCACCAGGCAGUAAGGAGCCCCUGCUAGAGCAGCGUAUCCCGGCGACGUACCUGGCGCUGGAGGAGUGUGUCACCUCCCUCGCGGCCGACCUCCGGGAGCCGGUCCUCCGGCAUGACGAGUAUAGGAAGCUGGUAACUCAAUACAUGCAACAGAAGAAUCAUCGCAUGUUCCGUGAUGCUGCAGAGUUGCAUCAAGCUACUAUGUUCCUGCAUGAAAACGGCGUCCUCCUGCACUACGACGACGCGACCCUCAAGGAGCUGUACUUCCUGAAGCCGCAGUGGCUGUGUGAUGUACUGGCGCACGUCGUCACCGUCCGGGAGAUCAACCCGUUCGCCAACAAUGGCAUAAUGAAGAUAGAGGACCUGGCCCACGUGUUCAAAGCAUCCCCGAUGCUGGCGCGAGGCGACGAGGCGAGCUCCCUGGGCGUGUCCCUGCUGAACAAGUUCGAGCUGGCGCUGUGCUGGGACGCGCGGCUCCUGCUGGUGCCGCCGCUGCUGCCGGCGCUGGAGCCUGCCACUCCUCAGCUGCCAGUCCGCUCCCGUUCCUGGAGCAGUUCCAACCGCGGCACCCCCCGCCGCGCCUGGCCUCCGAUGCUCACCCCUCUACCCGACAGCAGGGGGACUGACUCCCCUACACUGAUACAGGACAGCGCCCCCAAGCUAUGUGUCUCCGGGCGGGGGGGCCGCCCCCUGCGGCGCCUGCUGCUACUGUCGUACGUGCCGUGCGGGUUCUGGCCGCGCCUGUGUGCGCGACUACUGGCCGACCAGCAACUCGCUGACGCUCCAUACUCGCUGUAUAAGCUGCCCGCUGAGAUGGAACUAGACGACACCCUUACGAAGGCUCUAGAACUGUCCUGGGGCUGGAGACUGUGGCGCAGCGGAGCCCGAGUGUCGACGGGAGCCCUCACUAUGUUGGCGCUGAGGGAACUCCCUCCCAGGAGGGACGCCUUGCUGCCAGGACCCGCUGACGAUGAACCUGUCGAUGAUCUGUAUCAUAAUAUUAGGUUCAGGGUCCGCCAAGAAGGUGCCUGGAGCGAGCUGGACGUGCAGUCCUCGGCCUGCGUGGAGAUACUGCUGCCGGCACAAGUCUGUGUCAUCAGGAGGGAUGAUGGGCUGCCCAUCGCCGGGUAUCAGAGCAUCAGCUUGGAGCCAAGUCCUGAGGUACUGGCGAAGGUACUGGCUCUGGUCUCCGACCACGUAGACCUACUCCUUGAAGACUGGUACCCUUCACUUGGCACCCGUUUCGUGCACACGUCGGAGGGUAGAUGCCUGAUCACCCGCGUGGUGCCGUGCCCCGAGUGUCUGCAGCCCGCCCCCCCACCGCCACAGGAACACGACCAUCUCGCACAGGCUUUCCGUCGCCUAGAGCUGGGUCCAGCUGAACCACGCCGGCUGCGUCUCUCCGAGGAGUCCAGGACUUCGGACGGAGACAGCGGCGUCGGGGCCGAGUCUAAUGCGUCCUCCCGCCUGGGUUCAGUGGAGGGCGUGGCCCCCCACGAGCCGGCCCCGUAUACCCUGGCCACGGCGUGGACGGUGGAGCAGUGCAUCCUGGCGGCCUGCACCAACUCCCGCCUGCACUGCCCCCUGCACAACGACAGUCUCGUGCAGCUCCGUCUGGUGGCGCCUGAUACCCUCCUACUAGACGUAGAGGAAUCAAAGCGAGCGCGCUGGGAACACAUACAACGGGGCGCUGUGGCAGGCCGGGGCGCCUUCGGGACCGUACUGUCGGCCACCUGGCGGGCCCCGCCCGGAGCCCAGGGGCCCGGGGAACCUGUACACGUAGCUCUGAAGGCCCUGCAGCCUGUACCACCGCCGCCUAGUAGUGAUACCGCUGCUCAUCAUGCUUAUAAGGCCGCCCUAUCCCGCUGGGAGCGUGAACCAACGGCGGCGGCGUGCCGCGCGUACUGCGGGCUGCGGCAGGAGCUGAGCAUCCUCAGCCAGCUGCGCCACCAGCACGUGCUGCCGCUGCUGGCUGUCUGCGCCGCGCCGCUCGCGCUACUGCUGGCACUGGCGCCCGCUGGCGCCCUGGACGGCGUGCUCCGCAGCUACCGUUCGUGCGGGGCGCGCUGCGGCCCCCGCCUGGCGCGCGCCCUGGCGCUGCAGGUGGCGCGGGCCCUGGAGUACCUGCACGCGCGCAGGGUGGUCUACAGGGACCUCAAGUCUGAAAACGUACUAGUGUGGAAGAUGCCUCGCCCGGGAGAAGAAGUCAACGGUACUACGCUCAACGUACACGUCAAGUUGGGAGAUUACGGUAUCAGUAGACUAGCUCCCCCAUCAGGCACCAAGGGAUUCGGUGGAACUGAAGGUUUCAUGGCUCCUGAGAUCAUGAGGUAUAAUGGUGAAGAGGAGUAUAAUGAGAAGGUGGAUUGUUUCUCGUACGGCAUGCUGUUGUAUGAGAUCGUGACCGUCCGGCAGCCCUUCGAAGGUCAUGAGGCGGUGAAGGAGGCCAUUCUAGAGGGAGCCAGGCCUUCCUUGUCUCCUAGGGACCUGGAGUACCCGUGCUGCAUGCUGGAGAGCAUGCGUCGGUGCUGGGCGGGCGCGCCGGCGCUGCGCCCCUCGGCCGCCGCCCUCGUCAGCGUGGCCGCCGCGCCCGAGUACUGCGCGCUCGCCGACGCCGCCGCUGCCAGGCGGGCCGCCGCCGCCGCGGGGACGCCCAUACGGAAUGUUAGCGAGGAAGGCGUCCCAGGCUGGGAGAUAUGGUACGGCGGGGGGGAGCCGGAGCGGGCCCACACCCUGCUGAGUACUGCCACCAGCUUCACGCACCACCACACCGUCAGGGUGCCGCCGGAUAAAGCGGACCCCGUGAUGGUGAGCGCAAUAUGUCGGGUCGGCAACAAGAUUUGGUUGGGCGACUCCGCCGGCAGGAUCAUCGUAUAUUCUGCGUCCAGUUGUGCCCAGGAGUGGUCGGUCCGCGUACAGGAGUCGGUGGGAGGGUCUCCGUCCCCGGUGGCGGCGCUACACCCGCUACAACAGCUACGCAGGGUCGCGCUCGCACUCGCUUGUGGCAGACUCUUCCUAGUAUCGUCUCGUCGACCGGAGGCUGAGGGCAGCUUCGUAUUGACUGAACUGGGAACGGCUACUGAGCUCUGCUGUCUAACCGCCGUACCAUCGCCGCAUGGCUGGGAGGUAUGGGCGGGAGGGGACGGCCUGUAUUCGUACUCAGUGAACGAGGGCGGAGUGUGCGCGGCGGACGUCCUCCCUGCGUCCUCCCGCGUCACUCUCAUCGCUGCCUCCGAUGACGAGCCGUUUGUUGUCGUAUAUUGUGAUCCUGGAGUAUGCGUGUACCAAUGGUCGGUGCGCACGAAGGAGCAGUGCGCACGGUUAGACUGCAGCAAGCUGGUGCCGUGCUCCGAGUCGCUGCAGUCCAUCGCGCUCGACGAACAUCUCACCGAGGACAAGUGCAGGGUGACGGCGCUGUGCGCUCUCCGCGGCGAGCUGUACAUCGGCACGGCUUGGGGCUGCAUCAUAGUCGCCGACUCCACCACGCUGCGCCCGCUCACCGUGUUCCGACCUUAUGAGGAGGACGUAAAAUUGAUCAUCCCAUUACACCCACAUAGAGAAGAGGAGCCCGGUAUGAUAGCCACAUUCGGACACGGGUACCGACCACUGUUGCAGCGGUAUGCGCCACAUAAUUCCAACACCACAAACACACAUAAUGGCUACUACUGCUUACUAUGGCGGACACAGCAUUGGUUGCCCGACUAAACAGACACCAGCCCAGCGCUGGACUAAAUAUCAAAGCGUUGCCCAUGCGCAUAGUAAUGGCAUCGAUGGUAAGACAUGGGCGAAGUAGAUAAAGGAAGAACAAUAUGGAGUUAUUUUUUGUUUCAUAUAAGUAUUUUGGUUCGAAUUUUAACGUAAUUCGUGUGUGAUAACUUUGAAACACUACAUAGUAUAAAACAAAGUCGCUUUCUCUGUCCCUAUGUCCCUUUGUAUGCUUAAAUCUUUAAAACUACGCAACGGAUUUUGAUGCGGUUUUUUUUAAUAGAUAGAGUAAUUCAAGAGGAAGGUUUAUAUGUAUAAUACAUGUGUAAUAUAUCACCAUUGCACCCAUACGAAGCUGGGGCGGGUCGCUAGUAUUAUAAUAAUAUUGGUUUUAACGUUGCCCCACACUAAGAUUUUCUCCCGUAUCCUGACGUAAUAAACAGUUUUUCUUUAUUUCUUUCUAAAAGUAAGACAUUGCCUUACUUUUCUUACUAGAGCAAUCUCAACUUUCUUACUAGAUGUGUCUCAAGUUAUCGCGCACGUGUUUUAGAACUUGUGCAUAAUAUUUUUUGCUUUCCAUAGAUGGCGUUCAUAUCGAUUAUGGGUAUAAUAUUCUUACAUCUUGUUCGGUGAAAAUAUGCCUACAUUGCUAAAAUGUAAACUCCAAAUAAAGUAUAUAAUUAUACAAUAAAGGUAACACGCCUUUCUAAAUUAAAGAUGAGAUAUAACAGAAUAUAUGUAUAUUUGAAAAGAUGGGAUAACGCCAUCUAUCGUAUGGAUUUAUGAACUAAUUUUGUAUUUAUUUAUUUUGUGAUUUUGCUGUAAAUUAGGUUGUGUAUGUGUUUGUGUUAUUAUUUUUUAAAGUGUUUUUUUUUUUAUUUACACUGUAUUGUCUACUAUUAAUUACCUGUUUUUAAGUGUAUUUUAGUUAUAGAGGAGAUUUUUGCACUCAAUCGACAAGCAUGCAUGAAAAAAUUGAUGAAUGUAGAUGUAGCGAGAGAGGUAUGUCAGUUUUGUGGCAUUUAGCUAUCUAUUGUCUCUGUCUACCGCAAUGGGAGACAGGCGUGACGAUAAUUAUGUAUGUAUUUAUGUGUAGCGUUUAAUUUGUUAAGCGCGCCAUCUAUUGAUUUAUUGCUCGAACUAACUCGAAACCUUGUUUUAGUGUAAGUGACGAUAGAUGUCGCUGUCCUCUAUAACUGAAAUGGACUUUUAUAAAUAUGAACAUUAUGAAUAAAACUAUUAGACUGUUUAAAUUAGUCUAGUAUGGUAGCACGUCGUCCUAGACUCGAUUCCCGAGUCGAUAAAAAAAGUAUUAUUAAGUUUUUCAACUUCCAAAUAUUAUGAAUUUCCUAGUAUUGUCUUUUUUGUAAGUAUGUAGUUUCGGAAAUCUGUAAAUUUUAUGGAAAAUUCAGAUCUCAUUUUUUUAAUACUAGGUCGCUAGGAGAAUCUUGCUUUGUAAAUCUCAACCUUACUGCUUAAGUAAUAAAGAACAAAUCAUGUGAUUUUUGGAUCAAAUAUCGCUUUUUUGCAAAAUGUUUUUUUUUAUUCUUAUGUUUUUUAACUAUAUGUAUUAAAUGUUGUGCAGACUGGUCUUAAAGACUAUGUAAAGAGGUUCAAUUCCCGAAUUGGCCAAAUUAUUAUAAGGUUUGUUCAUGAUUUUCAUCGAUAAAUCGAAGGGGUACGAUUCACGGGUUAAGCAAAACAUUUUCAAAUAGGAAAAAGAUAAUGAGAUGUUUUAUAUAAUAUUAGCGAAGCUUUUUAACUUGCCUUAGAGGACCUGUUACAAAAUAUCUAAUAAAGUUGCUAAUAGUCCAACUAACUGUAUCUUUAGUAUGAGUUUGCUUUACGUUUAAAGUAUCUAAUCGAAACGAGAGCGCGUUCGGCUCUAUGAUUGGCCGGCUCGAAUAAACCAGAGAGCGAUCUAAUCGGCAGCUCGAACUUGCUUAUCGGUGGCAAAUAUACAUGCUGUUCCACCCUACAAGUGUGCAAGUUCAAGUAUGGGAGAGCCAUAAUUCGGCACUGCUGGGCCGGCUCGACCGAAGUGAUACCACGGCCGAGCAGUACACCGACGUGAAACAACGCUUGCGUUGUGUGAGUCCACCCUUCCCCCAUCUUCCCAAACCCCGAUUCCCCAACAAUCCUCAAAUGUCUAACACUCAA